GUGUGCAUGGGCGCAGUUCUUUGGAUUGGCGACAUCCGAUCUCCGAUCUAGACAUAACCGACUACCGAAUACCGAUCGACAUGGUGCUGCUGAAAGUGAUCAAGUAUCUAGUGGGCUGCGUGGCGCGAGUCUGCAACGAGUUGUCCCAGAAUAUGUGUUCCCUGAACAAAAUGUUCAAGUACCACCUCCUGGAGGUCAGCUGAGGUCCUUGGAGCAGCGAUAAGCCCAUAAAAUUCGCCCAAAUUGUAUAUAUUUUGUAUAAUCCGUUGGUGAGCAAGUUUGUUGCUUAAGUCUUUUGUUAUGUGAUCCAAUAAAGCGUAUUCUAUCCACUCUAAA